CUGGCACUCUCAGCUUUCCUUCCAUUGAAAUGAAUGGCAAGUGGUGUUUCACCGCGCGGCAUCCUGUGCUAAUUGGAACCGCAAUUUAGAACAAUGACGGACUCAACAGCCUCAGAUCGGGUGAACACCAUCCCGGAUCCAAUUAUUGUCGAUCAGUCGACUGUAAACGGCCAGUGCGACCCGACACAUCAACUGUCACCCAAAAUCAACAGCCACCCUAAAUUCAAGAUGGACCAGGAGAUGAAAAUUAGCGAUAGCGUGGAGGGGCAAGGCUUACUGAAGAGCAGCAUGAGGCUGAAGCCCCACGAAGCUCAAAGAUACCGCAAGAAAGCGUUGUGGGUCUCCUGGGUUUCCAUCUUUGUGACGCUGAUCCUGGCAGUAGCAGCUUUCACUGUUUCCUUCAUGAGACACAGUGCCUCGGCUUUCGGAUUCGCUUUUGAUGCCGCCCUGGACGUGCUGUCCUCCAUCAUCGUGGUGUGGCGCUAUAGUAAUGCCUCCGCCGUUCACUCUGCACACAGGGAGUACAUAGCCUGUGUGAUCCUGGGUGUGGUCUUCAUCCUGUCCUCCCUGUGUAUCCUGGGAAAGGCAAUCCAUGACCUGGCUACCAAGCUAAUGCCUGAAGUGGAUGACUUCCUCUUCAGUGUGUCCAUCGUCAGUGGCGUGAUGUGUGUCAUUCUGGCCGUGGUCAAGAUCAUGCUGGGUAGGGUGCUCACCAGCAGAGCCCUCAUCACAGACGGUUUCAACUCCCUGGUGGGUGGGGUCAUGGGCUUCUCCAUCCUAAUCAGUGCCAAGGUGUUCAAGCACGAUCCCAAAGUGUGGUACCUGGACGGGUCCAUAGGGGUCCUGAUAGGCCUCAUCAUCCUGGCCUACGGGGUCAAGCUGCUGGUUGAUAUGGUCCCUCGAGUGCAACAGACAAGGAACUACGAGCGCUUUGAGUGACAAGACCACGGAAGGGCAGUGAGGGGGAUGGGUUCUAGGUUAUAUACACGGUAGAAGUACGUCCAGUGUCUGUUCUAGGGUAUGUAUAUCUACGCCCAGUCACUAUCCAGCUCAGCUCCAUUCUUCCUGGUAGAUCUCUCCAGUCACCAUGACAAACCUAUUGAUUGGUUUAGACCUCAAGGUGCCAGCCCACUGGUGUUUUAGUUAGACCCAAGUGGUCCAUUUUGCAGCGUUCCUCCGGUCUCUCUGACUCCGAACCUGAUCUGUCCAUAUGAGUCAUUACAAAGUCAAAGAAGACUGAGGUUUCCCUCUAUAGCUCCUCCUCUACCGAAGCAGGGGAAGGUGGAAGGACAGAACGUGCGCUGCUGAGUCGUCAGGAAAUUGUCACUGCCUCUACAAAGGCACUGCACCGUCUCCACUGAUUAGUCUGGUGUUCGUUCAUAUCUCUAUCUCCCCUUGGACAACAUGGCUAAUUCAGAUACGCAUUAUAGGAUCUCAGUCCUUAUGGGAUUUCAAUGGUUUCUAAUAGGCGCUUUCUUUUGAUCAGUAACACUGUGUGUGUGUCCCAAAUGGCACCCUAUUCCCUUUAUAGGGCACUACUUUUGACCACCCUAUUCCCAUUAUUGCAAUAAUUUUGACCAUGGCCCAUAAAAAGUGCAUCAAUUAGGGUGGCAUUUGGCACAUACACCUAUUUCUGUUUGACACCACUGUUCAAAGUAGAUGUGUUGCUUUUAUGUAGUCAUGAUGUAGUAGGGGUGGCAGGUAGCCUAGAGUGGUUAGAGCGUUGGGCCAGUAACCGAAAGUUUGCUAGAUCGAAUCCCCAAGGUAAAAAUGUUGUUCUGCCCCUGAACAAGGCAGUUAACCCACUGUUCCUAGGCAGUCACUGUAAAUAAGAAUUUGUUCUUUAACAGACUUGCCUAGUUAAAUAAAGAUAAAAUAAAAAUAGUAGUUGGUAAUGUAUCACUUAGGGUAAUAGUUGCUACUAUUAGUAGCAGUAGGACAUGUUUUCUAUCCCCCCAAAAAUCAGCAGGGAAAAUAGAUUUCUGAGAUGCCCAUUGUAGACAGGCUGUAGUAUGGAGGACAAUAGUACAGCAGUACAGUAUGUGCAAUAGCAACAUGACAGACUCAUCUAUGGUCUGUGUCCCAAAUGGCACCCUAUUCCCUACAUAGUCACUAUGGACCCUGGUUAUAAGUAAUACACUAUAGGGUGCUAUUUGGGACAAAACCUGUAUCAUUUGAUUAGUGAUAUGAAAUUAGUGAUAUUGAUUAGUGAUAUGAAAGCACAAAUGUCCCUGUCGCCAGCUCAUGUAUGGAAUCAGUGUUUGCUUUAUUGCUUAAGGGGUGUUGAAUAAAAGCUUGUGGCAGACCAUCAACAAACAUGACUGGAGCCAAAGACUCUGGUCAGAGAUUAGUAAUCUGGAAUUAAAACAAGCCUUUCUGAGCACUACAGCCAAAUCUGUUGGCUAGAACACAAGUCAUCCCUUUUUAGGCCAAUCCCUCUUCUUUAAUUCCUUAACAAAAUCUGAGGGGGCAAAUGUGGUCUUCCUAGCAAGUAAAUAUACCAUUAUAAUUACGUUUUAAGCUUUCACAAUCUGCCACGCUGGAUGUAAUUGUAGAUGUAGGAUACACACUACAUGACCAAAAGUAUGUGGACACCUGCUCGUCGAACAGCUCAUUCCAAAAUCAUGGGCAUUAAGAUGGAGUCCCUUCAGCCCCCACUCUUCUGGGAAGCCUUUCUACUAGAUGUUGGGACAUUGCUGCGGGAUCUUGUUUAUAUUCAGCCAGAAGAGAAUUAGUGAGGUCGGGCAUUGAUGUUGGCCGAUUAUGCCUGGCUUGCAGUUGGCGUUCCAAUUCAUCCCAAAGGUGUUCGAUACGGUUGAGGUCAGGGCUCUCUGCAGGCCCGUCAAGUUAUUCUCGUCAAAAUAUUUCUGUAUGGCCCUCACUUUGUGCACGGGGGUAUUGUCAUAAUGAAACAGGAAAGGGCCUUCCCCAAACUGUUGCCAAAGUUGGAAGCACAGAAUCAUCUAGAAUGUCAUUGUAUGCUGAACAUUUCCCUUCACUGGAACUAAGGGGCCUAGCCCGAACCAUGAAAAAGCCCCAGACCAUUAUUCCUCCUCCACCAAAAUUUAAAGUUGACACUAUGCAUUGGGGCAGGUAGCGUUUACCUGGCAUCCGCCGAAUCCAGAUUAGUCUGUAGGACUGCCAGAUGGUAAUGCGUCAUUCAUCACUCCAGAAAACGCGUUUCCACUGCUCCAGAGUCCAAUAGCAGCAAGCUUUACACCACUGCAGCCGACGCUUGGCAUUGC